AUGGAGCCUGGGGGUGCUGAGCGUGGGGUUGCUGAGCCUGGGGGUGUGGAGCUUGAGGGUGUGGAGCCUGGAGGUGCUGAGCCUGAGUGUGAGGAGUCUGGGGGUGCUGGCGCUGGAGGUUCUGGAGCUGCUGGAGGUCCUGGUGCUGGUGGCGCUGGAGCUGGGGGUUCUGGAGCUGCUGAGGGUGCUGGCACUGGAGGUUCUGGAGCUGCUGAGGGUGCUGGCGCUGAGGGUUCUGAGUCUGCUGUUGCGCGGUCUCCUUGGAGUGGCCGCCUUCGUCCGCGUACGCCUCUCACCUCCCAGCAGCUGCACGACUGUGGUGCUGGUCUCGGAGGUGCUCGUACUGGGGGUACUGGUGCUACUGGGGCUGGAGGUGCUGAGCCUGCGGGUGCUGCUGCUGGGGACACUGCGGCUGGAGACCCUGGGACUGGGGGUGCCGGUUCUGGGGGUGCUGCUGCUGGUGGAGCUGGCCCUGGAGGAGCUGGCGCUGAGGGUUCUGGUGCUGCUGGAGGUGCUGGAGCUACUGGAGGUGCUGGAGCUGCUGGUGCUGGUGGCACUGCACCGACUCGACUUUUCUUCGCUCCGCCGUCUCCGUCGUCUCAGCCACCGUCUGGCUCUGCCCUUCGCCAGCCAGGGGGUCUUGCUGAGUGUCGUGAGCCUGCGUCGCGUCCUGUCUCGCCUGUUCGUCCUUGUCGUACCGUUCGUCGUGUUCCUCGUCAGCGUCAGCCGGCUGUCCCCGGCACACGCCUUGUCGCACUGCGUCGGUCCUCUCCUCUGGAGCGUACUCCUCUUCCGUCUCCUCCUGCGUCCUCUUUGCCUGACGUCGCGGAUCCUGAGUCUGACCGGUUUCGUGCUGAGCACCCUACUGUCACGCGUCUGCUAGCCACUGUUGUCACUGACUCGUCGUUUGAGUCUACUGCUGCGUCUGCCCUGGUCGCUGAGCUUGUUGACUUUGCUGCUGCCUGUCGUCUAGACUUCACUGCCAGUCUUGUUGCUGAGUCUGAGUCUGUCUGUCCUCCGUCCGUCGGGGACCCGGAUGCACCAGACAUCCCGACCCCGCGCUCUUACGCUGAGGCGAUCGCGGGUGAGUACUCCUCUCAGUGGCAGACAGCCAUGGAUGCAGAGAUGGCAUCCUGGAAGUCCACAGGCACUUACGUCGAUGAGGUUCCCCCUCCUGGGGUGAACAUCGUCGAUGGCAUGUGGAUUUUCAGGGUGAAGCGGCCGCCGGGUUCUCCGCCUGUCUUCAAGGCUCGUUACGUUGCUAGAGGCUUCAGUCAGCGAGAGGGAGUAGACUUCUUCCAGACCUUCUCCCCCACCCGGAAGAUGACCACUCUUUGGGUGCUGCUGCACGUUGCCGCUCAGCGUGACUACGAGCUUCACUCUCUUGACUUCAGCACAGCCUUCUUACAGGGCAGCCUGCACGAGGAGAUCUGGUUGCGCCGCCCACCUGGCUUCACUGGGUCGACGACACUUGCGGCUCUUGGGUUUGCUCCUUUGACUGCUGACCCGUCGCUGUUUCUGUGCACCGACACUUCGCUGCCGCCGUUCUACAUCCUCAUGUACGUCGACGACUUGGUCUUUGCCACUGCUGACACUGAGGCUCUCGCUCAGGUGAAGUCGGAGCUGCAGAAGAGACACACGUGCACAGAUCUGGGUGAGCUGUGCAGCUACCUUGGCUUGCAGAUCACCUGGGACAGAGCACGGCACACCAUCACCCUGACUCAGUCACACAUGGUGCAGCAGGUCCUUCAGCGCUUCGGCUUCUCCUGGUCCUCCCCACAGCCCACUCCUCUGGCUACAGGUCACUCGCUCUCAGCUCCACCUUCGGACGAGUCCGUAGAGCCGAGUGGUCCUUACCCAGAGCUAGUUGGUUGCCUCAUGUACCUGAUGACCUGCACUCGACCUGACCUCGCAUACCCACUUGGACUUUUGGCUCGUUACGUGGCUCCUGGCAGGCACCGAAAGGUGCACAUGGAUGCUGCCAAGAGGGUGUUGCGCUACCUGUGCAGUACAUCAGGCAUGGGGCUCGUGCUUGGAGGACGGAGUGAGGUGGUCCUCACUGGGCACUCAGACGCGUCUUGGGUUGACGACCAGACUACACAGCGGUCGUCACAGGGUUACACCUUCAGCCUUGGCUCUGGCUCUGUUUCUUGGCGGUCUACACGCUCGUCUUCUGUUCUCAGCUCCAGUUGUGAGGCUGAGAUCUACGCCACCGCCAUGGCUGCACAGGAGCUACGCUGGCUCACCUACCUGCUGACUGACUUGGGCGAGCGGCCUCGUUCUCCUCUUGUUCUGUACAUUGACAACAAGGCGGCCAUUGCCUUGUGUGAGGAGCACAUACUGGAGCACAGAACGAAGCACAUCGCUCUGCGUUACUUCCUGGCUCGAGAGUUGCAGCAGCGAGGCCAGCUUCGUCUUCGCCACGUGGCCACUCGGGCCAACACUGCUGAUAUAUUCACCAAGGCACUUCCGUCUGGUGAUCAUCAGCGCUUUUGUACUUUGUUGGGCCUUGUGCCUACGUUUCCACACUUGCUGUAG